AUCACCGUAGUACGCGGCUGCCGCUUCUUAACCCACACGUUGUGGUUCCUUUGGGCGCUCAAACCCUCGGCGUGGUGCCCGGACACCGUCUCUCGGGGUGUCGCCGCGUAGAAAAAAGCGUUUGAACGGAAGACGAGAAGUCGUUAGCCGUUAGCUCGUUAGCCGUUAGCUCGUUAGCUCGUUAAAGCGCUGGUGACUGAGGAAGGUGAGCAGCUGCUCCCUUUCUCCCCUUCAAAGCGAAACUAUCUCGCAACCUUAUCUCCGGGGACUUUAUCUCAACUUGUAGGGAAUAAAACGGAGGUGUUAAUCGACCAGAGUUCAAGAGCCUUUUUUACUUCAGUGGGAAUACGAGGGGAUACUUUGUGGAAGUGUUUUGUUUGGGGGCAGAGGGGGUUUGAUCACGGAAAUGUUUCGUUUCUGGCGUCGUUGUCGAGCAGAUUAUGGGAAGGAAAUCGCUGUGAAGUCUUCCUGAACAAAACCUCUUAAAAUGAAGCUUCUUUGACAUUUUAUUUUAUUUUAUUUUUUUAAAACUCCCUUUUAAGUCUUCAGUUUAAAAAAAAACAAAAACCCAAUAAUCUCCAGCAUUUUAGAGGAGAAGCAUUACCACAAUGACUUACAACUUCUGUGCCCUCCUAGUUUUCACAAUAACAGCGUGCAUCCGUUUUGAGCCUGCCCUCUGUGCUGUCCGCUGUGUGCAUCCCGUCCAAGUCUUAGAGAGUAAAGUGGGACAGAUCAGGAGUUCUGCCUACCACAGCUGGUCCUACCGCUUCGGCUCUACUUAUGACUGCUGGAUCAUCAAGGGUUUGGAAGGAGAACCUAUUGUUCUCAGCUUUUCACAGUUCUCAGCACGGUGUAGGAAGGAAUGGGUGUCUAUAAAAUCAUCAGCAGGCGGUGAGCCGAUUGUCCUUUGUGGCUCCAAGUUGCCCCAACCAUUCGAGUUCCCUGGAGGAAAUAUUACAGUGACACACCACUUCCUCCCACAUCUGUUUCCUGUGUCGUCUUUUUUGUUAAACUUUGCCAGAGACUCUGGUGAAUGCCCAGUAACAUCCUUUCAGUGCCCCGGGGGCCGCUGCCUUCCUCUCUCUUGGCGCUGUAAUGGUCAGGUGGAGUGUCUCGAUGGAGGUGCUGACUUCGGGUCCGAUGAACAGGGCUGUGAUACAGAUGUGGAACCCACAGAAGCCCCAAAGUAUGGCAGCACAGAGGACGAGCAGACCAAAGCGGAGACUUACACGGAGGAGGACAAUGAUAAGAACUUGGUGAGACGUAAGGUUGUAGAUAAGACACCUGAGGGAGAUCCUGAUUCUGAUCUUUGGGCGCUGCUGAAGGAGAGGGAGGAGGAGGAGGCCCAGGUGGAUCGAGAGCAGGCUCAGACUCACAGGGAGCUCGCCGUGACACCCACUCCCAUUGAGUGGCCCUGCGGAGGGCUCCACCAGACCUUCUAUGGGACCUUCUCCCCUCCAGCCUCCCGGGGGCCUGCGCUGUUCUGUGUCUGGACUCUGGACCCUCAGGACCCGAGGCCACUGAGACUGGACCUGCAGCAGCUGGUUCUGGGGCCCGGGGACAAACUCACUGUGUACAAUAGAGAGCAAGGCAACGGAGACAUUAUUAAAAUUAUCACCAGUACCUCCAAUUACAAAUCAGUCCAAGUUGAAUCCCACACUGGCCUGCUGUCCUUGACGUAUGAGACUCUUCUUGGCUCCGUGGGCAAAGGCUUCAACGCCACGUUCCACGUCGGGACCUACUGCCCCCCUUGGGAGGGCCGGUGUGGGGGAGCAGCAGGAGGUUGCUUCACCCAGGAGCAGCGCUGCGACGGGAAAUGGGACUGUCCGGAGACAGGGAAGGACGAGGAGGGUUGCAGGGGCUGCAGUCCGAACCAGUUUGCGUGCGGUGUCGCAGGGCAGAGAACGGUGGCGUCUAAUCACUUUGCUGGCCGACCAGUGUGUUACCCAGUCACAGAGAGAUGCAACUACCAGCUGUACUGUGCCGACGGCAGCGACGAGAGGGACUGUACCGUGUGUCAGCCGGGGACCUUUCAUUGUGACAGCGACAGGUGUGUGUUUGAGAGCUGGCGCUGCGACGGCCAGAUAGACUGUAAGGACGCAACAGACGAGCUCAACUGCACCGUCAUCCUGCCCCGCAAGGUCAUCACUGCAGCAACAGUUGGCAGCCUGGUCUGUGGGCUUCUGCUGGUCAUCGCCAUGGGCUGCACCUGUAAACUGUACUCGCUCCGGACCAGAGAGUACAGCUUGUUCGCACCAAUCAGCCGCCAGGAAGCGGAGCUGAUCCAGCAGCAGGCUCCUCCCUCUUACGGUCAGCUGAUUGCCCAAGGCAUCAUCCCCCCAGUGGAGGACUUCCCCACAGAAAACCCCAAUGAGACCUCGUCUCUUUCUCUGAGGGGAAUCCUCCAGCUCCUCCGUCAGGACGCCGCCAACUCCCCACACCGCAGACGCAGGCCCCGAUUCAUCCGUCGGGCUGUUCGCCGCAUGAGAAGAUGGGGUCUAAUCCCCAGACCUCCCACCAGGCCAAGUCAGGCAACAAGCUCCAGCCAGCAGCAGUCAGACGCCGCUCCUCCUGGCCAGGAACCAGCUCACUCCACUCCCACGAGCUCCUCGUCGGCCGUGGAGGCGGUCAACCAGCCGGUGCCUCAGAAACUUGGCUUGUUGGCUCAGUCAGAGCAGCAGCAGCAGCAGCAGCAGCAGGAAGCACCGCCUCCUCUACUUCCGCCGCCUGUCGCUUCCCCACCUCCACCUCCGUAUGCUCCCCCAGCUCCACGCUCGGCCACUCCCCACUCUCCUCCUGUCGCCGUCCCCCCUAGCAGCCCCUCGCUGGCCUCCAUCUUCCACACGCUGGGCCUGAGUAUCUCCCUCUUCAGAGCCUCCCCCUCGUCCUUCACCAACUCAAUGCCCCUCUCCGCCUCCCCUUCGUUCUCUUCCUCCUCGUCUUCUUCAGAUGACGAGGUGCUGCUUAUCCCUCUGUCUGAAGACACCACUUCAGAGGAUGAUGUACCCAUGCUCACCUGAAUGACUUCCCCCACCCACCUGGUACCCCGACACCCCUCCUUUAUCUCCUCUGCUCACUGAUAAUAACUGAAACCUAGUCUUUCCACAUUUGUUUGAACUUAAGCACAGGAGUGGCCCACGGCAAGACUCACCCUCACUGUGCUAGUCUGGUGCCUUUUUGAAAUUGAGUUGGAUUUGUUGACUUAUGGAAUCAAGUAUUUGACCAUUUUAAAAAAAAAAAAAAAAGACCCCUUGAGAAAGUGUAAGCAUGUCUGACGUAUGUUUAACAAGUAAGUGUAGGUGAGUAUUGGAUGUGCACUUAAUGAAUGAUAGGCUGCACAUUGAAGGUAAACUUUUGCACAGAAGAAUCUUCCCUAUCCAGAAACUGGGGCAGGCUACUGUCAGAUUGAAUGGUUAGAGUUUUUAGAUGACAUGAUGGGAAAAUAUUGUGUUUGUUUGACUGCAACUGUGUGAAUGCAUUUGCAUUUUAGUCUUACAUUGACAGUGGAGUAUGUUUGUAGAUGUGGAUUGUCUCCACAUACUUCUGCCACUUGCAUCCAAUCUCAUGUUAUAUCACAGAUAAUUAUAUAAAUAUAAAAAAAAAAGAAUAAUUUCCCCUAUUUAAGUGCCUUUUGAGGAGUUUCCUGUAGAUGGCUGGAGGAGAUAUCGAUGAUUCCUGAAAUCCACACUGCACACCAAAACACACGGAGGCACACGUUUUCUCACAUCAUAGCACGCGUCGACAUCAGUGGCUUUACUAUAACGUAAAAUAAAAAAAACAACAACUGCAUGUCUACUCUGCAAGCUGGCAAUAAGUUUUUGGGACCCCUAGUUUAGUGCACAUUGAUUGCAACAUAACUGCGUGUUUUGAGUACACACACACACAAACAUGUGUACCCUUCCCAAGUGAAUGUAUGUAAUCUACAAAAUGUGUCAAAAGACAAUCUCUUUGGUGCCUGAUUUUAGGAUGUGUGUAUGUAUGUGUGUGUAGUGUGCACAGGAAGAUGAGGCCCCCCCGCCAGAGACGAAAGGGGCCCUGAAUUCACAAAAUAACCUCAACUUGAAUCUUCAACCCUUGAGGGGAAUCGAUCGCAUUCUGUCAUAUUUUGACACAGCAGACUUGUGGUGUGCCAUUUGUAUUAUUGUACAUUUUAAGGUGUUUUUAUUUUAGCAAUCUCUCUUUUUUUUUUUUCUUUCUUCUGAGUUCUUUGCUUUGUUGAAUGUAUUAGGGUCGAUGUGGAGUAGCCAGAAGUUUUAAAUUUGCAAUGUAAUAAGGUAAAUAAGAGAGAACGUGAUUUUAUGGUUUAUUAGGGUCAACUUCACUGUAUAUAAGUAAAAAUGUGGCUGAGAUUAAACAAUUUGCACUUUUA